UGUUACGUUACGGUUACGUUACGUUUCCGUUUGUUCUACGAAGGUCGUCUCGUUAAAACGAGACUUUUUUAAAGGAGAACACUCGGAAUAUUGCAGCCUUCAAAGGACGUGUCCUACCUAGCACGUAGCCUUCGAAACGAGACACUGCCAAUGAUUUGUGUUUGAGGAAGAUGGCGUCGGCUGGGGAGACUAGGAGCAGUGUUCUUGAAAAAGAUGUAAACAGAAGGCGUUCAUCAAAACACAAAGAGGGUCCAAUAGGCUGCAUGGCUGUGCUGGUGUAGAACGGACAGGACGCACAGGAUCUCCAGCAUGAGUUCAGAAGAGGUGAUGGAUACCAAAGCAGUGUUCACUGCCCUGUAUGAUGUGUGUGAAGAGAAUGCCGCCUUUUUCUCGGGGGCCACUAAGGGCCAACCCGGGGAUGCAGCUCAGCGCCUAGUGGAUGCCAUGACCACCAUCCAGGAGCACGCUCAUAGCCUGGAGCCUGUCAUCACUGGAUUUGCCACCAUCUAUCACCAUUUUGACUUUGACCCUCAUAUUCCUGCCAAUGGAUAUCGCUCCCUUGUUAAGGUGGUGCGCUGCUGCCUCCUCCACAUCAUCCAUAAAGGGCGCUAUAUCACAUCCAACAGACGAAGCAUUUUUUUCCGUGCCAGCCACAACGCAGCGGAGAUGGACGCAUACUGCAGCGCUCUGUGUCAGCUCAGGGCACUGCUCUAUCUAGCUCAGAGACUGCUUCAUGACAACAGCCAUGGCAACCUCUUCUUCCAGGAGGAGACCGGCCUCAGUCAGAGCUUCCUCAGAGAGUCCGCCUCCAUGCACAAGGGCUGUUUCUAUGGGCGCUGUGUUGGAUUUCAGUUUGCUCCUGCUAUCCGUCCAUGCCUGCAGUCAAUAGCUAUAAGCCUGGUGGCAUUUGGAGAGAACUACAAGAAGCAUCAGUCAGGGAUAGGUGUAGCAGCCAGUUCAUUCUUAACCUCUGGAAAGUAUGCCAUUGACCCUGAACUCCGAGGUCAAGAGUAUGAACGCAUCACACAGAACCUGGACGUUCAUUUUUGGAAGAUGUUCUGGAACAUUACUGAGACUGAAGUGCUAUCGAGUCUGGUGUGUAUGACGGCCACACAAGUGAAGGUGAAUCGAGCUCUUUCUGUGCCUCCCAUGGCCUUUGAACUGCCAUUGGUGACGGAUCCAACCCAUACAGUGACCGUGUCUCCUCCGGUGGCUCAUAUUGGCCCGGCACCUAUCCAGAUGAGACUGAUCUCUUAUGAGCUGAGGGAAGGACAGGAUAGCGAGAAGUUGCUGGCAAUGUGUCGGUCAGAGGGAGGGCACAUCUCUCUCUCCUUGGGCCUGAAGAGUAAGCGCAGCCCUCCUUCCCCAUGGCUUGUGCUGCACUUUCAUGGAGGAGGCUUUGUGGCACAAACUUCUAAAUCACACGAGCCCUAUCUGAGGAGCUGGUCUCAAGACCUGAAUGCACCUGUCCUCUCAGUAGACUACUCCCUGGCCCCUGAGGCACCGUUUCCUCGGGCUUUGGAGGAAUGCUUUUACGCCUACUGUUGGGCCAUCAAGAACCACAAUCUGCUCGGUUGGACUGGCGAGCGUGUAUGUUUGGCCGGUGACAGUGCCGGGGGAAACCUGUGUGUCACUGUGUCGAUGCGGGCCGCGUCUCAUGGUGUGCGCAUGCCAGAUGGUAUCGUCGCCGCUUACCCUGCAACCCUGCUCACAGUGUAUGCCUCACCCUCUCGCCUGCUCACCCUCAUAGAUCCUCUGCUACCCCUCAGUGUGCUUUCACGCUGCCUCAGUGCUUAUGCAGGCACAGAGCCACAGGUUGAGAAACAGGUGGAGAAGGUGAGCACUUUGAGCAUGGUGAGGAAAGAUACUGCCCUGCUACUCAAAGACUUCAAACAGGGGGCCUCCAACUGGAUCAAUUCUCUACUGGACAGAGGAAGUGCAGAUGCUGUGAGGAAGAGUGUCUCAGAGGCAUCUCUGACCUCUCCUCAUGCUGACCCUCCGGUGCCUGCUGAGCCGUCUAGGUACUCACUGGAGAAAGGGUCAGUGAAGAGCCAGACAUGCCAUGAAUUGGGAACCCAUUCUAACAGCAGCACCAGCAAUAUGCAGAACAAUGCCACCCAGCCUACCAACCACCUUAGCACCACAACAGGCAACCAUAGCUCCAUCCUUGACAUCACGCUGACACCCGAGAGCAAGCCUGAGGAUGUGAGUUUCUUCCUCUGCAAAGAAGUAGAUCCCACCAUGUCCGAAUCCUUUUCCUCUGUGGCCAUUCCGCCCCCUUGUGGCUGGGAAGACUCGGAGAACCCAAGGGAGUUUCCAGAUGGCUUUGAGCCUCUACGCUCAGAGCAGUUAGCAGAGAUGACUGUACAGAGUUCACCUAUUGUCAAAAACCCCUACAUGUCCCCCCUGCUGGCUCCAGACAGCAUGCUGAAAGGACUCCCUCCCAUACACAUAGUGGCCUGUCAUCUGGACCCUAUGCUAGACGACUCUGUAAUGUUUGCCAAAAGGCUACGAAACGUCGGUCAGCCAGUGACCCUGUGUGUUGUUGAUGACCUCCCUCACGGCUUCCUCAGUCUGUCACAGCUCUCAAGGGAGACUCGGGAAGCUACUAACUUAUGCAUGGAGAGAAUCAAGGAUGUGUUCACCAUGAAAGACCCUCCCCCAGAGAUGCGUAAGCACUGCAAACUGGAACGGACAAAUCAGAGGGCUUCGGUGACUAAAAGAAACCACAUUCAGCUUUCGAAAGAGAUUGCACAAGAAGAGGAGGAGGAGUUUGCUUUGGGGGGCGGACCUGUUGUUGGUGAGGACGGGCUUGCUGGUUUUUCUCCUCCCAAUAAAUCUGAAGCUGAAAAGAUUCCAGCAUAGAUUUUGGCCUGGCAGUGGCUUAAUUCUGAAUAGUACCGAAAGAGAUGCACAUGGGCCAGAAGAACGUUGCAUCAUUUAAUAAUGACAAUCAUGGCUAGAGCAACCACUGAUUACAGUGGAUAAAUGUAUAAUGAGAAAUGUGAUGGAAUGAGUCAUGGAACCAGUUAUUAAAACGGUAAUUACAUAUACAGUAUACAAAACACCAUUAAAUGUAUUUGGAGAGAGGAAAAGGAUAAAAUUAGAUCACACCCACAUGCAUUUCUCUUUUACACCUAUUUUACCACUUUGCCAUUUGUGGUAUUAUACCAGCACAAAAACAAAUGUAUCCUGCCUUGUACAAAAACAUUCCAGAACAUGGAUGUUGUUGAAAGAUGUUUCUAAUAGAGACAUAAACCCAAACCUUACACUUUAUAGCACAUACUAUUCUUACACAUUCAUUAAAUUUACCUACAAACUAUGAUUUAAGAUAACACCUGUCCGAAUAUAACUAAAAGUUAUGUUUGCAGAGUAGAUCAUUAGAAUGCCUUGCUGAGGCUUACAAAAGCAUUUAUAAUAUUAGAUUUUUUGCUCUUUCAUAUAGUAGUUUUUGAAUUAUUUAUGAAAAAGAAUUCUAAUAAGGUGUUAUCAUGUAUGUUAUUAAUCUACUUGCCUCUGUUCUUGUUUCAAUGUCUAAGAUUUGUUUAUUGAAAUCAUUUAUUGUCCUUAUAGUCAGUUUGAUGUAAUGUUAGCUUGAGACUGUAAUAGAUGCAACUUUGAAAACUGUACAAGAACUUUUACUUCAUAAAAUGCAGCUUUGAGGGGAAAACCUGGCUAUUCCUCUGUCACUGCUUUUCCCUGGCAUGUAAACACAAGUAUUAUCUUCUAUUAUCAUCCUCGCUGGAUUUCUCCUGCUCCCUCAUUCCCUACGUCAGUUUGUUUCCCUCUGUUCACAUUCAUGUCAUCUGUCCUCAUGCAUGCUGACCCAUUUUGAGCACACUCUUUAAUUCUCACCCAGCCUGUCCAAGAGGUAUUUUAAGUAGGCUCCCUCAACACCCAGCAACCUUGAGCCAAUGCAAUCUUUCAGCCUGCCCCUGUAUGAUACCAACUGCCAGUAUGAUGGCUCUGAUGAGUCUUUAUUUGAAUCAGGUCGACUCUUUCUUUGGCACUAAUGGACUGUACUGAUUUUCCAAAGGGGCACGGAAUCUAUUAAGCCCCAGAAUUUGGACACACCAUAGAAUUUAUUACGGCUGUAUUGGAUGACUCAACCUUUGUGUGCACAGCUCUGCUUACAACUGUUAGAUAGUAGAAGUGGUGGUCUUGUUUAUGCUGUGGUAUUGCCAUCUUUUUGAUACAAGAAUUUCUCAUAACUAUUCUUGCUUUCACUGAUAUACACAGUUUGGUGGCUGACUUGUCUUCUGAUACUGUGUAUGUCUUUCCAAGAUAUCCACAGAAAAGUCCUGAUCUUUAGCUGUGUCUGUGAUUGGAUUUAGCCUCAGCUGAAGGCAUUUGCAACGAGAAAACAGUGCUCCAUCUACUGCUGAUUGCAGCAUUUUGAAGCUGUUUACAAGAAUGUAGAGAAUUAAAAAAAGAGUUGCUUACUUGCUCUUUUCUAGUUCCUUUCUGUAUCUGUGGGUGACAGCUUUGAAAAACCAGGUCUUGGUUACUCUGCAGUUUUUGUUGGAUGUGAGUAGUGCAUACUUGAAAUGUGUCUUUUUUGUGAAUAGUGCUUCAAGCUUGUUUAUUUUUAAUUUUUUUUUUGUCAGAUUGUGCCUGAUUAAGUAAAAUUUAUUUGUCUGGUAUUUUCAUGUCACUUGUAUUUUAGUGAAGCUUUUCGGUGCCAAAAUAAAAGCGAAUGGGAAAGCAAACAUAUUGAAAAUUCUCAUUUGUUUAUUAUAGGCAUUUAUCGUGCCAUUACUAAUUCAGAAGGUUAAAUUAACUAAUCAAAAUGGCACAAAAAUCCCAUUUCCUCUAAGAAAAAAAGCAAUGUUGCCAGGAUUGUAUUUUAGUGUGUGGAAAACAAAGAAAAACAACAAAGGUUGCAUUUAUUUAGUUAUGCAUGUUAAAUGUGUAUUUCUGCAGUAUGAGAAAAGAAAUGGCAAACGUGCAUUGCUUUUCAACACGUUAUGUUUUCCCAUUUACUUUAAAUUUUUGCACUGAAAGUCUUCCAUGGCUCAGAACACUAUAUUUAAUACUGUGUAGUUCAGAAGCCGUCUCUUGUUUCUCUUUGUGUUAUAAUUGUGUCCGCUCUGCAUGGAAAUGCUUCUCAGUGUCAUUGUGCAUCUAGCUGGAAAAGCCAUUGUGUAUAGUCCCUUCAUGGAACCAUGACUAAAACAACCAGAACUGGUAGAGGAAAGAUAAGACUCUAUGACACCCUCUGGCACAUAGUUAUCCUUUUUCAAUGGAUUGAUCUCUCCAAGCUAUUUUGUUGUUUUUUUUCUGGCUUGAGGAUGUGACCUUGAAUGCACAGUUGAGCAUUUCCAUCUUGCUGGAACCAUGAACAUGGCAGUGGAUGGAUGGAAAGAAAGUUGGGUCGCCUAGUUUUCUAGUCGGCUUUCUCUGGUCUUUCAUUUUCCAUGACUCUCAAACAACCUCCCUAAGAGGUAGACUACUCAUUCAUCUCAAGGGUGUUAAAUAAAACCGUGUUCAUUUAGCCCUCUCUUUAACAAGCUAAGCCAAACCUGCCCCUUAUUACUACACUGUGGUGUAAACACCCAAAAUUUACAUUGUGUUGCAUCAUUUCCCUCAGAGGCACAUGCUCACUGAGUCAUGUCAUUGCAUUUUUACAUCUGUUCUUAUGACUAAUAGUCAAUCAGUCACUGGCUUGGAGUUAUAAUCAGUUGAAGGUUGUUAUUUCAUUGUCUCAAAAUGGGAUUGCUGCAAUUUCUUUAUUUAAGUGGUUUUGAAUUUCUAUGCUCUUGAAAUCCACUGACGGUAAUGUGGGCCGAUUUUAAGUGUGGCCUCUAAUGAUCACUGCAGUGUCAUUUGCAAGGGUGUUUAUGUCUAUUUUUCUGUCCUAGUUUUCACUGCAAUAUCCACUGCCUUGAGUUAUGCAAACCUAGAUGGAUUCUGCACCAUUUUGCUUCAGUCCACUAGGUUGUAUUUUAUCUCCCAUUAUAAUUUGCACAUGUUCAGUAAGAAACUAAUUCUUGGGUGUUCUCAGAAAAUAAGCAUUUUAUAGUUCAGUGGGAGAGCUUUCAGGUGCCAUCACAGCCAUUCAGGGACCGAGUUGGCUUCCUUUUUUCAUGAUUUUCUCCUUUCUCAUGUGAAGACACCGAAGUGCAAACCUGUAUAUUUGGAAUGUACUGUAUGUGCAUAGAUGACGUUUAUUGUGCAGAGACCAUACUUUUAAGUUCUUUCUCAGAAUAUAUUUAAGACAUGUAAAGACUAUAUACUGGAAUGCUACGACGGAUAAAUGAGAGUAUUUUUCUGCAGUAGGCCUAUGUAUUUUCCCAGUGUUGAUUUAGAUUUUAAUAAAUAUUUUCUGUCUA